AUGGCGUCGGCGUCGUCGCCGUCGUGGAUCAUCCUGGGCAGCGUGGCGCGGGUGUCCGGCACGGACGCCGCGGCCGAGGACCUCCCGCCGGGCGCCGACCUCGCGCUCGCCCUCGCCGCGCCCCCGCGCGUCACCCUGCUCACCGUGCCCCUGCGCGUCUCGCCCGGCCCGGACGAGUACCCCAUGGUCCUCGCCGUCGACCCCUCCGGCCUCCUCCUCCUCUCCACGCCCCCGGCCCCGAGCCCUCCCCCGUCGCCGCCCUCCAGCCCCGACGCGGACGGUUUCGUCACGCUCAACAUCACCGACCGCACGCCCCCCGGCUACUACGUCUGCGACGCCUCCUCCGCCGCCGCCACCCGCCUCCCCGACCACGGCUUCGGCUUCCUCGACGCCCGCUCCGCCGGCCUCCUCGCGUCCCCGGCGGGCGGCGGCCACUACAUGGUCGUCGAGCUCCAGCCGCUCAUCGGCAGCGACGAGGCCACGCUGCUCUGCUUCUCGUCCGUGACGGGGCGGUGGAAGGAGAAGGACGUGUUCUACCCCGUGCGCUACGGGAUCUGGAACACCGACGCCGCGAUCACCAACGCCGGGAAGCUCUGCUGGGUGGACCUCUCCUCCGGCAUCCUCUCCUGCGACCCGUUCGCCAAGAAGCCGGUCCUGGACUUCGUCGAGCUCCCGGAGGGCAGGCUGCGGCAGAACAUCCACUGCCUCCACUGCGCCGGGAGAGAGCUGAGCACGCGCCGCUGCGUGCAGGUCAGCGCUGGCAUGUUCCGCCUGGUGGAGCUGACCUGCGGCGACCACAGCUCUCGGCCCAGGGGCGUCGUGCUCGCCUCUUGGAUGAGGCUCCAGCAGGCGCAGUCCCGGAGCCACCGCAAAGCACCUCGGGUGGUCAUGUGGACGCUGGCCGAUCCGGGUACCGGGGAGUGGAAGGUGGAGCACAGGGUGAACUUCGCGGAUGUCUGGGCGGAUGAGAGCUACAAGGCCACCGGGCUGCCCAAGAAAACACCUGUGCUCGCGCUCGUCCACCCCAAGAACCCAGAUGUGGUGUACUUCUUCCUGGGCAAGAACCUCUUCGGCAUCAACCUGCGCACGAGGAAGGUGGUGGAGUGUGAGGUCUACGAGCUGGUCGGACCGAGCAGGAAACAUGUCUCCUCCCGCUGCCUUCACUCAUGGGAGCUGCCGGCAACGCUUUGUGCAGGUGUUCCUGGUCAGACCGACAGUCGCGUGAACGAAGGCUCUGCUUCUGUGGCUUCUAUUGAGAGGGGCCGAGAUUGA